AUGGUUCCAUCAAUCUUGAAAAGCUACUUGGGCCUUGAGAGCAGUCCAGCACCUGUACCCACCAAGGAUGCCAAUACGCCCGUGAGAGCUUUGCCAUCCUCUUGGUACAGAUCUGAAGAGAUUUACGAGCUUGAGAGACGGGCUAUCUUCUCCAGAAAAUGGAUGCUUACUACCCACAAAUUGCGACUUCCCAACACCGGAGAUUGGCUCCGCUAUGAUGUGGCUGGAUACCCUUUCAUUCUUGUCCGCGACCGUGAAGGAAACAUCAACGGAUUUCACAAUGUCUGCAGACACCGUGCGUUUCCAGUGGUGACCGAGGAAGGAGGUACAUCCAGGAUCUUCUCUUGCAAAUACCACGGCUGGUCCUACGGACUCAACGGUAAGCUGGCCAAAGCGCCUGGCUACCAAGAGCUAGAGGGUUUCGACAAGAGCAAGAAUGGACUGCUGCCUGUUCAUGUUCAUAUUGAUUGCAAUGGAUUUAUUUGGGUCAAUUUGGAUGGAGGAGAAGAGCCUGAGAUCUCUUGGAAAGACGACUUCAAGGGCAUUGACCUUCAGCCCCGAUUCCAGGACUUCAACUUCGAUGACUACAAAUUUGACCACACGUGGGAGAUGAGUGGGGAGUACAACUGGAAGAUUCUUGCCGAUAACUACAAUGAAUGUUACCACUGCGCGACGACACAUCCCGAUAUCUCUGCUGUCGCAGAUCUCAGCUCUUACGCUGUUGAUACCAAGGAUGGCAGUAUUAUUCAUUUUGCGAACGCACGAUCAGACCAGAUAAGGACUGCAAGCACCUAUUACUUUCCUAAUGCCUCAAUGACGGUGACAUCAAACUUCUUUUUCAUGCAGAGAUGGGCGCCUACUUCUCAAAACCAGUGUGCGAUGAAAUACGAAGUAUACCGACAUAAGAACGCAAGCGAUGAUGACUUCGAAUUAAUUAGUGGGAUGUAUAAGCGAAUCAUGUCGGAAGACAAAGAGCUCUGUAUUGCAACGCAGAAGAACUUGAACAUUGGUGUUUUUGUUAACGGCGAAUUACAUCCCAGGCUGGAGAAAGGUCCACUUUACUUCCAGAAGACUGUCCGUGAGCUUUUGCAAGAGCACUACAAGAGAGAAGAGGAAGCGCAACAGCAGAUCUGGCCAGCUCAACAAACCCUGCCGAGGGAGGCCUCGACUAGCCAGAACGAUAUGGAUUUCUAUACAGACUUGACCACUAAAGGCCAGGGCGCUGACAGCUGUGCCACUGUAGCUCGUCAGUCAGACGGCUGCUGUGGAGGCAUGGCUUGUGGAGCCAGCGGCGCAGCCCUUGUUCAGUGA